GGACUGCAGUGUGAAGUUCCAUGAUGAGGCCGGGAGAUGUACAACUGGAACUAGGGUAAUUUUCUCAACCUUUUGACCAAACGGAACAAAAUUUUCGACGAAAAAGCGCAUUAUUCGAUAGAAAAACCCUACCCAUAUUCUCCAGUGUUUUUCUCAGUUGUCAUAAAGAUUGACUGGAUAUACACGCACACACACAUCAUUUUUUUUCCCUUUUUUCCCUUCUGAACGGAGUGUUGGAUUGACUGAGGUACCAAGCUGGCGACCUCACGGGCUCCCAGUCCCCCUCCAGCUGAGAUGUCUUGUCCCGUGGCCGAGAAUUGGUGCUACACCCAGGUGAAGGUGGUGAAAUUCUCUUACAUGUGGACAAUUAACAAUUUCAGCUUCUGCCGAGAAGAAAUGGGCGAGGUCCUCAAGAGCUCCACUUUCUCUUCUGGAGCCAAUGACAAAUUGAAAUGGUGUUUGAGGGUUAACCCCAAGGGUUUGGAUGAGGAAAGCAAGGAUUAUUUAUCUCUCUACCUCCUCCUGGUGUCUUGCAACAAAGCAGAGGUGCGAGCAAAGUUCAAAUUCUCCAUCCUGAAUGCCAAGAGAGAAGAAACAAAGGCUAUGGAAAGCCAGCGAGCUUACCGGUUUGUACAGGGCAAAGAUUGGGGCUUCAAGAAAUUCAUCCGGCGGGACUUCUUGAUGGAUGAGGCCAACGGCCUCCUCCCUGAUGAUAAACUCACGUUAUUUUGUGAAGUGAGCGUGGUGGCAGAAACAGUCAACAUUUCCGGUCAGUCCAGUCAAGCCCAGUUGAAGGUCCCUGAAUGCCGCCUUGCUGACGAUCUCAGUGCCCUGUGGGAGAGGACAUCGUUCAGUGACGUCACGUUAUGUGUCACGGGCAAGGAAUUCCAAGUACACAAAGCAAUACUAGCAGCCCGUUCGCCUGUCUUCAAUGCCAUGUUUGAGCAUGAGAUGGAGGAGAAGAAACUGGGCCGGGUAGACAUCACCGACGUGGAAGCUGAGGUCAUGAACGAGAUCCUGCGCUUCAUCUACACAGGCAAAGCACCCAACCUGGAGAAGAUGGCCGAUGAGCUCCUGGCAGCUGCCGAUAAGUAUGCUCUCGAAAGACUGAAGGUGAUGUGUGAAGAUGCCUUAUGUUCCAACCUGGUUAUAGACAACGUAGCUGAAGUCUUAGUCCUAGCAGACCUUCACAGCGCGGACCAACUAAAAGCAGUGGCAAUUGACUUCAUUAACAGCAGCCACGCCCCUGAGGUCAUGGAAACGGCGGGCUGGAAGACGAUGGUCCACAGCCACCCAAACCUCGUCGCCGACGCCUUCCGUGCCCUUGCCACCUCGCAAAGCCCACCCUUCAUGGGACCACCCAGGAAGAGAAUCAAGCAGAGCUGAGAGGGCUGUUGGCCAACCCUGCUUUGAUCCUCUUUCCAAUGGUAGAUUUAUCCCUAACCUGUUUCAAACGCCCCUGUACAUUGUAAACUAUGUAAUGUAUGAUACUGUGGUUAUAAUGAUAUUAUUCCUAUAACUGUUAUAAAUAUUAAUUUCUAGUUUUCACAAUCUCUUUUGUUGUGUUGGUCAGUUAGACAUGGAUUGUAUAUAUUAUUUUAUAUAUAUGUCUGAAAAUGAAAUAUGCGCAGAGCUGAAAGUGGGAUUUUUGUUUAACUUUUUGCUGGUGGAUUAAUUGAUUGGCUGUAUGUUUUUAUUUCCCUCUCAGAAACCCUCGGAAGGUACAUGUAGCAACCAACCUUACGUUACUUUGAAAUAAUGUCAUACGUCACAUGGUGCAAUUGCAUAUACAUGAACAUAUUAUCCAAAGAAGAAUUUUAUCUUCAGAUUGAAAACUAACUCCACUGGAACGUGACUGUCAAUUGCAUUUUUUUUUUUAGUUUUCAACUUUCUCUGAAUUUUUUUCUCUGAAAGUUUUCUCUGCCUUAUUCAAAUUUUGCCCCGGUUCUCAAUACCUAACUUCAGUCCUUGAAGAAAAUGACUUACACAAGAAAUGAUUCUGAAAGAUUUUCUGAAAUGCUGUUAUUUUGAAAUAUAAACUUCUGAUACCGGAGGAAAGAAAAUAAAAGAAUUAAAAUGGUGAAAAAAUUCUAGAAAAUUAAACUUCUGAUAAUUGAAAGAUUAAGUGUCACAUCAAUAGCAACAAUGAUCUCUACGCAUGUGAUUUAGGAACCUACCUGUUGAAAUGGAAAACGAAUUAUUGUCAUAUUUAGACAGGUCAAUCUCCAGCCAGCAGAUAGUUUCAGUGGUUCACUGGACAAACAACAUUUUGAGCUCUGCACCUUAUUUAUAGAACUUACCAAAGUUAAGCUGCAGAACUAGAGUAUAGAAUAUAAUUAACUUGGCACAGCAUUCUGUACAUAUUUAUUAUCUUAUUGAUAUUCCUAUUUUUUGGACUCUUGCAUCUUUGUGGACUCCUUUUCAAUCCAUGUUGUUAUGUAGUGAGACAAGCCUUCACCAAGUAGUGUGGGUUUUUAGGGUCCCCCGUUUCAUUAUUGCAAUAAUUUGUGUGUAUUUCUGUUGCUGUUACCAGCUUGUAAGGUGACAAUCUUGUGGAAGCAUUUGACCUGAGGUACCCUUGCUUUUUUUUGGUUUUCUUUUUUCUUUCGGAAGUAAAACUCCAAAAUGUGAAGCAUGCAGUACUGGCCCAUAUGGUUUGACAGAUCCAAGUUGUCUCAUCUGGUUUGUGUCAAAGAACACAUGGUGUACCUUCAUUUUCUCUGGUACAGCAGUUGUAGCGCACAUUGUGUACUGUUAAAUGUCUUCUCAGACUCCUUGCAGAACAGUAGGACAAAUUGCUCUAUGCUAUCUUUCACUCGAGCUCCAUUGUCGACGAGGCAGUGCGUGUGUGGCUUGCAUGUUGGCAGCACAGGGUGGGCAUGGCUAAUUUUCACCGGAAUGGGCGUAUCUUGAGAGCAGCUUUCCACAUUCGCGCUGGUCUACAUGUGCGUCAGCCAUUUCUGUCACUCAUUAGUCACUGAGAGAGGUCUUUUUCACAAGAGCUUAUAGUGAUAUGUUUAUUGUUUGUGUAUGCGUGUGGAUGUACACAGUCAGACAGUAUGUGGUCAUCAGAAGACACUGGGUUUUCCUCUUUACAAAAGUAUGCCUUCUCUGGUAGCUAAUUGAGUGGUUGGGUUUACAACCAAACAUCUUGCUUUUACAGGAAUGCACUAUAGAGGGAUCCCAAUAUGACGCUUUUAGCAUUGAUCUGCGCACUUCCGCGUUUGAAAAUGAGGUCGUGUGUGUCAGCUUCGAUCAAAAUACGAUCAAAAUACAUAAAGGUAUGGUUAAAUUCAGACUUUUCAGGCUGCAAAUUUUUGUGGAAGAGUCUUUCAGGAUGACUA